AUGGGAAAUCAGGAUCAUGUUACUCUAGAGCUUCAAGCAUUGCUGGACAAACAGCCUCUCAUUGAAACCAAAAGCUGCAGCAUCUACAAGGUGCCCGAUGAAAUCCGCCAAUCAAAUGUAGAAGCAUACAUUCCAAUGGUGGUUUCAAUUGGCCCUCUUCAUCAUGGAGAUUCAAGGCUGCAAAAGAUGGAGGACCACAAGCUCCUUUAUUACAAACAUUUCAUUCAAAGUUCCAAUGCAAGUUUAUCUGAAUUGGUGAGUUGCGUGCGAGAGUUGGAGCCACAAAUCCGUGCAUGUUAUUCUGAGAAGAUCGAUCUCACAGCUGACGAAUUCGUGAGGGUAAUAUUGGUAGACUCUGCUUUCAUAAUUGAGCUUCUCUUAACAGAUGAAUGGGCAAAGGAUGAUGUUAUCUUCUUACAACCAUGGCUGUUGAGUCGAGUAGCAUCGGAUUUGAUAUUACUUGAGAAUCAACUUCCUUUCUUUGUUUUCCAGAAGCUUCACAAUUUAGCUUUUUCAUCUUUUCUGUUGAAUAACGGUCAUCAUGAAUUCCCUUCGUUUAUGAAGCUUGCUUUUCGUUUCUUUUCAUUUACUCUCAAUUUCAACAAACCACCGGAACCACCACAUGAUAGCAGCAUAUUGAACUUCACAGAUCUGAUUAGAUACUUGUACUUGAUGAAGCAACGACCUUCUAAAAGAGAACAUAAACCGUUAGUUCUCGGUUACACUGCAUACGAGUUAGUUGAAGCGGGAGUGAAGUUUGUAGUAAAUGAAUCAUCAUCAAGUCAUGGAUGCAUGUUAGACUUGGAAUUUGAACAUGGUACUCUUAAAAUUCCACAUAUUGGCGUGGAUGAUGGGACAGAAAUUUUGUUGAGGAACAUUGUGGCUUUGGAACAGUGUCAUUAUCCUCAAGAACACUACAUCAUUGACUAUGUUAGAUUCUUUGGUCAACUCAUCAACACAAAUAAGGAUGCUGGUGUCCUUAUUAAAGCUGGAAUAAUUGAUGACAUGGUUGGUGGUAAUUAUGAAAGCUCAGUGGCUAAGCUAUUCAGCGAUGUUAGGAAGAAUAUUACAGUGACGACUGCUAAUGUUGAUUAUCUCAAACUUUGCCAUGAUUUGAAUGCCUACUAUAAUCAUCCAUGGCACAGUAAAAUGGCAACUCUGAGGCGCGAUUAUUUUACCACUCCAUGGAAGACAGCAGCUUCCAUUGCUGGAAUUUUUUUGCUAAUUCUCACUGUUAUUCAAACUGUAUGUUCUAUUCUCCAAGUUUUACUUUCUUAA